GACUUCAUAUCCCACAAUUCCUACUUCCGCUUCCGGGAAGAGCAUAGAGGCAUGUUGUCGAAACAGAAGAAACAAGACGACGAAGUGAGGCGAUUUUCUGCCAGCGAGUUAUCUGCCGUGGCUGCUUGAAGAUAGCUGAAGGAAUGAAAGGUAUGCACCCAUCCUAUCCGUAAUAGUGAUGGAUGGAGAGAACCAAAGGCCUUCUGUGCCAUGGGAAAAUGGCACCCGUACACCUGUGGACCGUCUUCGCAUCGAGAGGGCCGACAGUCCCACACCGGGUCUGGUUGAGGGAACCGAACCAGGCGCUGGUCAGAAGAGUGCCAUGUUUUUCCAUGCACAGUCCUUUGAGGAUCUGACUGCUGAACCUGAAGAGUCGCACGGAGAGACUGAGGUGCUCAAGUCUCAGGACUGUGGAGAGGAGAUCAGAACGCUGGUGGGUGAAGAAAGAGUCAAGGAGCAGCAUAACAUUCCAUCAGACUGUAGCACUAAAGAGGAGGAUGUGUCCAGCGAGGCAUGGAGAAGCCACAAAAAGCACAUGUUUGUGCUGAGCGACGCCGGAAAGCCAAUUUACACCCGCUAUGGCACAGAGGAGGCUCUGUCCAGCACCAUGGGUGUGAUGAUGGCCCUUGUUUCCUUUGUUGAGGCUGAGAAGAAUAUCAUCCGCUCUAUUCAUGCAGAUGGCUGUAAAGUGGUUUUCCUCACCAAGAGUCCGCUGGUCCUGGUGGGCGUUUCUCGGACUUGUCAAUCUGACAAGGAGCUUCUGAGGGAACUGCAGUAUGUCUAUUAUCAAAUUGUUAGCCUGCUCACUCUUACCCAGCUCAACCACAUCUUUCAGCACAAGCAAAACUAUGACCUACGUCGCCUGUUGGCUGGUUCAGAAUAUCUCACUGACAACUUGCUCUAUCGGCUGGACCACGACCCGGGCCUGCUGCUAAGCGCUGUCACCUGCCUGCCUCUAGCUAGCUCGUCCAGGGACGUCAUCUCAUCGAGCCUGCAGGCCGCCAAAUCCAAAAACCUGGUGUUCUCCAUUCUGCUGGCAGGAGACCGCCUGGUCACUCUGGUUAGAAAAAAGGACCAGUUCUUGCACCAUAUAGACUUGCACCUUGUCGUCAACCUUGUCAGCUCCUCCUCAUCUUUUCGAGAGGGCGAAGGCUGGACACCGAUCUGUCUGCCAAAGUUCAACACUGCAGGGUUUUUCCACGCACAUAUUUCCUACUUGGAACCUAAGUCAGAACUGUGCCUUAUUCUAGUCUCAACAGAUCGAGAGGACUUUUUUAACAUGUCGGACUGCAAGCAAAAGUUUCUAGACCGGCUGAGUAAACGCAGUGCCUAUCAAGCCCUGAAGGAGGGGCUGAAGACUCCCAGCUACACUUUGGAACAAAUUGGCAUCAUAGAACUCAGGCACUUCCUGUACAAAUCAAAGAGCUCUGGACUAUAUACCAGUCCAGAGUUACCUGUGGUGUACCAGUCCGAUAAAGAGCAGGAGAGGCUAAUGGGUUUGUACCAGGACCUUCACAGUUCUUUGCAUCAUCCAACCAGACCCGUACGCUCCUUUUACCGCAGUGGUGAAACUGAAAACAUGAUGGCCUGGGUGACAAGCGGCUUUGAGCUUUACAUGUGUUUCAGUCCCCUGGGCACAAAGGCGUUGGCUAUUUCUGCUGUCAACAAACUGCUUAAAUGGAUCAGAAAGGAGGAGGAUCGCCUUUUCAUCUUGAGUCACCUCACUUACUGAGGCUUCUUUGCACAAACCCUGAACAUGUUAACCUGGGAUCACGCACAAAUUUAGUGUUUAUGCUUGGGUGGCAAGGCUAUGCAUGUCUCGUUUCCACUUAAUUAAUUCACAGUUAUGUGAUAAAAGCAGGUAUUGUAUUAUGGAAAUUUGAGGUCUUUUUUUAGAUGUUUUUUUAAAAAUUAUUUUUUAGUAUGGAUGAGAUCACUUCCAGGUGAAAGAGUUAAAUGCUGUAUAUAUCUUCCAGAAUGAAUGACAAUAUACUGUAUGAACUAUUCAUAUAGUAUAUUUACAAAAACUGUUUUUGAAAUCAACAAAGCUCAAUGGUAAAACAUGAGUCAUAACUGGAAUUAUUUUUGCUCCAAUUUGUGCAGUAACAUGAGUCAUUACCGGUUUGUGUUUUUUUUGUGAUAUAUAAGAGGGCUAUGGAUGACAAUAUACCUCUAUGCACUUCCCUAAAGAAAAGCAUU